AUGACUCGUAUGAUGUUGGGUGCAAUUGUUGAAGAAGAAGAAAGAACAAUUCUUGGAAACGAGCUCAAGAAACUGAUUCUGUUAUUCCAGAUAUCGAAGGAAGCUCAAAAAUACUCGUAUGUGAUGAAGGAAGAAGAAGAUUUUCUUCAGUAUUUGUUGAGAGUUAUAGAUGAUGAUGAGAAAGCUCCAUUAUCAAUGACUCAUAUCAAGUCAUUGCUUAUGGAUAUGGUUCUUGGUGGGUUCGAUACAUCGGUUAAAGAGCCUCAUAUUCCUAGGUUACUUUACUUGCAAGCUAUAAUGAAAGAGACGCUACCUUUAUCUUACAGUUCCUCACCGGAAUAG